AUGUCAUGCGCCGACAACUCGGGCGCCCGAAAUCUCUACAUCAUCUCCGUCAAGGGUAUUGGCGCUCGCUUGAACAGACUUCCUGCUGCCGGUGUGGGUGAUAUGGUGAUGGCAACCGUGAAGAAGGGAAAGCCAGAGUUGAGAAAGAAAGUCAUGCCUGCCGUGGUCGUCCGACAAUCAAAGCCCUGGAGACGGCCAGACGGUAUCUUCCUCUACUUCGAGGACAACGCCGGUGUUAUCGUGAACCCCAAGGGUGAAAUGAAAGGCAGUGCUAUUACAGGGCCAGUGGGCAAGGAGGCCGCUGAACUGUGGCCCAGAAUAGCCAGCAACAGUGGCGUGGUGAUGUAA